CAGCUCAUCUGUUAGUUGAUGAUAGACGAGGCGCAGCGUGAGAAGCUGGCGAAUGGUUGUUCAUAGUCAACUCAGCUGGCGGGCCAAACAGCAACUAUACCACCCUUCACUAUUUUAAUCUCUAUACAAAUAGACGAGGCGAGAGCAACUUGGACUGAAACCCGAGCUGGAUUCAUUUUGUUCCUUUCUCCAACCAAAUCCAAAACUUAAAAGAACUGAAAAGACCCAUCAUUGUCUCUCUCGAUUUCGUGCGUGGAAUUGCGUGCUACUGCUUUACUUCCAGUCCUUUAUUUUGGGAUCAGGACGGGAUUUGGGCGUCUCCUACCCCGAGCCGAUAAGAUACUAAGAUAGAAUCUUGUUCUUUUCCCCUGUUUUUCAACACGAUUGAAGAACGGCCGCCAACGAGCGAGAGAGAAAGAGAAGGCAGAGCUUUUGAGCUGCUGGUCGGUUUCGAUGGUUGCUAGUCGUAAUAUGCACAGCAGCAGCAAUUCUGCAGCAAAGUAUUGCUCAUCGUCAGGGUUUGGGAGUUUGGCCAGGAGGAAGCAAGUUGAUUCGGUUCUGGCCAAGAGGGAAGAAGGGCCUCGGUUGGCACAGAGACUCUCUGUUAUUGAUGUCGUUGCCAUUGGAGUGGGAGCUACAAUUGGCGCUGGUGUGUAUGUUCUUGUUGGAACAGUAGCGAGAGAGCAGGCAGGACCUGCUCUAACUGUUUCAUUCCUGAUUGCUGGAGUAGCAGCAGCUCUCUCUGCAUUUUGUUAUGCUGAACUCGCAAGCCGGUGUCCCUCUGCUGGAAGUGCCUAUCACUAUGCUUACAUCUGCAUAGGAGAAGGUGCUGCAUGGUUAAUUGGGUGGGCGCUUAUUCUUGAAUACACUCUUGGAGGUUCAGCUAUUGCUCGUGGCUUAACUCCAAAUCUGGCAUUGUUUUUUGGAGGACAGGAAAACCUGCCGUCUUUAUUGGCCCGCCACACCAUCCCCGCACUAGGGAUCGUUGUAGAUCCAUGUGCAGCGGUUCUGGUUCUCAUUGUGACUAUACUUUUGUGCAUGGGAAUCAAAGAGAGUUCAUUGGCACAAACUGUCGUGACAACAAUAAAUAUAUGCGGGAUGAUCUUUAUCAUAACAGCUGGUGGAUACAUAGCUUUCAAGAAUGGAUGGCCUGGAUAUGAUCUGGCUACCGGGUAUCUUCCUUUUGGAUUCAAUGGGAUGCUUGCAGGAUCUGGGAUAGUGUUCUUUUCGUUCAUUGGCUUUGAUGUAGUAGCUAGCACGGCUGAAGAGGUGAAAAAUCCAAAACGAGAUUUGCCCAUUGGUAUGGGCAUAUCAUUAUCUAUAUGUUGCAUUUUGUACAUGCUUGUUUCUGUUGUCGUCGUUGGGUUAGUGCCAUACUAUGCACUUGAUCCAGACACACCAAUCUCUUCAGCUUUUGCUUCAUAUGGGAUGCAGUGGGCAGUGUACAUAAUAACAGCAGGGGCAGUAACAGCUCUUUGUGCAAGUCUCAUGGGUUCACUUCUUCCACAGCCCAGGAUGUUUAUGGCUAUGGCUAGAGAUGGAUUGCUACCGUCAUUCUUUUCAGACAUAGAUAAACACACUCAAGUUCCAGUAAAGAGUACGAUAGUGAUCGGGAUUCUUGCUGCAGCCCUAGCCUUUUUCAUGGAUGUUUCACAGUUAGCAGGGAUGGUGAGUGUGGGCACACUACUUGCAUUCACUGCUGUUGCGGUUUCUGUCCUGAUACUGAGAUACGUUCCACCAGAUGUAGUCCCACUUGUCUCGUCAUUUCAUGGGUCUAUUGAUGCUUCCUCACCUUUGCUGCUUGGUACUGAUGUUGAGGAUGUUUCUAGCUUGAAAUUUAAGGAUCCUGUCAAGUUCUUUGAUCAUGGUAAAGGAUUAAAUCACAGUGAAGGGACUUCGAUUAGCACUUCUAUUGGGCACAAACAAAUUGAUCAAGAUGAUGGAAAUCACGAAAAGAGGCGAAUGAUUGCUGCUUGGAGCAUAACUGUUGUCUGCACUGGCGUUCUCAUUCUCACAUAUUCUGCUUCUUCUGAGUACCUACCAAGGCUUCUACGUUUCACAUCUUGUACAGUGGGUGGGGGUCUUCUUUUGUGUGGUCUGAUCAUUCUAGCUUGCAUAGCUCAGGAUAAUGGGAGGCACAGCUUUGGCCACGCAGGAGGUUUCACUUGCCCUCUCGUUCCAUUCCUACCAGUUGCUUGCAUUCUAGUCAACACGUACUUGCUGGUGAAUCUGGGGGGUGGGACGUGGCUCCGAGUAUCAGCAUGGCUGUUGAUUGGAGCAGUUAUCUACUUGGUCUAUGGCCGGAGUCACAGCUCUCUGCUGAACGCCGUUUACGUUCCUACUGCGUAUGCAGAUAAGGUACAUCGUGCUUCAUCAAGUUACCCGGUUGGAGAAGAUUAGUGCAGCACAAGACAUGUUACUAAUUAUGAAUCACUACAAUCCCCAUGCUCUUGAGCAUUUUAACCCUUUUGUUGAAAAGCGAAGUGUUGAUGGGUUAUGGCCAUAUGCUUUUAGCAAAUUAAGUGCAUUUCUUUUGGCUGGCAUUCAAGCCAACCAAUUGUAUAGUUAUGUCAUAUGUGAGCUGGGAAUCAAGAACAAAGUGUACAUAGCUCUCUUGUAUAGAUUAAAGCAUGUAUACCAGUCUCUACAUAGCUUCCUUGAUAUGUGCGUGCCAAGAACAUCUGGAUAUAUGGGCCUUUUGUUUCGCAAGAAACCAUCAAUAAGGAGUUAAGUACACACUAAGUCAAGUAGAAACGGAAUACUUUAGGAGUAAAUGUCAUUUGGUCAG